ACGGCUUGUUACGUAAUCAAAUGCGACGAACACUGAAGUCGGCGCGCGCGUUUUGUGCUUAGAAACUUGAGCAGUGGAUGUGGGGAGUAUGGAGUACGGCCUUUACCCCAUCUCUUAGAGGCAUAAGCAGCAUAGAAGGAGGAGCUGUUGUUUACUGUGACACCAAGAUGGAUGUGAAAGAGGAGACGUGUGAGGCUGACACAAAUGCCAUGAAGAUAAUGACUGUAAAUAUAAAGGCCGAGGAGGACAGUGAAAGGGAGUCUGUCAAUCCUAACAAGGAGAGUCUCUGCAUUAAGGAUGAGGAUUAUGACCUGGUAACUGUGGGCAUUAAAGAAGAAGCUGGGGAGAUGUCUUUCAGCAUUGGAACAUACAGACAAAAAAAUAUGGAAAGUACUGAGCUCAAGGUGACGUCCGAAUCAUUACAGUCUGGCACAAAGAGCACUGAAGAAAUUUCAUCUGUUAGAACUCAAGAAGAACAGCCAUCACCUACACAGCAGUCUGAGGAAAGAAACAAACCUCACUGCUGUUCUGAGUGUGGCAAACAGUUCUGGUACAGGAGUGCUCUUCAGCGCCACAAAAGUGUUCACACUGGGGAGAAGCCGUAUUGCUGCUUGGAAUGUGACAAACAAUUUUCUGCCAGGAGUGCUCUUCAGAAACACAAAAGAAUUCACAGUGGAGAGAAGCCAUAUUGCUGUAAUGAAUGUGACAAACAGUUCUCACAAACUAGCCAUCUCCAGAGCCACAAAAGAACUCACACUGGAGAAAAGCCACACUGCUGUUUUGAAUGUGGCAAACAAUUCUCUGAAAGGAGUGGUCUUCAGAGACACAACAGAAUUCACACUGGGGAGAAGCCGUAUUACUGUACCAAAUGUGGCAAGCAAUUCUCGGAUGGAAGCAAUCUUCAGAGCCAUGUUAGAAUUCACACUGGAGAGAAACCAUAUUGCUGUUCUGAAUGUGGUAAACACUUUUUUCUCAAGAGUCAUCUUCAGAGCCAUAAAAGAAUUCACACUAGGGAAAAGCCUUAUUGCUGUAAUGAUUGUGGCAAACAAUUCUCACAAGCAAGCCAUCUCCAGAGCCACAAACAAAUUCACACAGGAGAAAAGCCACACUGCUGUCCUGAGUGUGGCAAACAAUUCUUGUACAGGAGUGCUCUUCAGCGCCACGAAAGUGUUCACACUGGGGAGAAGCCGUAUUGCUGCUUGGAAUGUGACAAACAAUUUUCUGCCAGGAGUGCUCUUCAGAAACACAAAAGAAUUCACAGUGGAGAGAAGCCGUAUUGCUGUAAUGAAUGUGACAAACAGUUCUCACAAACUAGCCAUCUCCAGAGCCACAAAAGAACUCACACAGGAGAAAAGCCACACUGCUGUUUUGAAUGUGGCAAACAAUUCUCUGAAAGGAGUGGUCUUCAGAGACACAUUAGAAUUCACACUGGGGAGAAGCCGUAUUACUGUACCAAAUGUGGCAAGCAAUUCUCGGAUGGAAGCAAUCUUCAGAGCCAUAUUAGAAUUCACACUGGAGAGAAACCAUAUUGCUGUUCUGAAUGUGGUAAACACUUUUUUCUCAAGAGUCAUCUUCAGAGCCAUAAAAGAAUUCACACUAGGGAAAAGCCUUAUUGCUGUAAUGAUUGUGGCAAACAAUUCUCACAAGCAAGCCAUCUCCAGAGCCACAAAAAAAUUCACACAGGAGAAAAGCCACACUGCUGUUCUGAGUGUGGCAAACAGUUCUGGUACAGGAGUGCUCUUCAGCGCCACAAAAGUGUUCACACUGGGGAGAAGCCGUAUUGCUGCUUGGAAUGUGGCAAACCAUUUUCUGCUGGGAGUGCUCUUCAGAAACACAAAAGAAUUCACAGUGGAGAGAAGCCGUAUUGCUGUAAUGAAUGUGACAAACAAUUUUCUGACAGGAGUACUCUGCAGAAACACACAAGAAUUCACACUGGAGAGAAGCCGUAUUGCUGUAAUGAAUGUGGCAAACAGUUCUCUGAAAGGAGUGGUCUUCAGAGACACAUUAGAAUUCACACUGGGGAGAAGCCGUAAUAAUUAGGAGUAAAUGAAAGUGCAAAACCUAACCACAAGGAAUUACAGCAGAGAAAAGGCAAAGCAUACAUUUGUCAAACAAAGGCUCUGAACUUCCCUAACAGCAUGCAAUAAAACAUGGGCGACAAACCAGCUAGCAAUUCCCAUCCUGUCUUAUAGCUUUGGUUUCAUUGACUGGCCAUAGAACAACUUGCACAUACUGGACAUAAAACAUGAAAACUACUCUAUGCACAUCAGUCAAUAUAUGAGGAUCAGUACAUCCCCAGAUUAUACAUUGAGCCAUGGGCCUUAUUAAAAUAGAUUACUUAUACAUAUACAGGGCUACAGUCAUCGGACAUCAGACAUACAUCAUCUACUUACCAGACUACUACAUACAGAUGGUACUUCAGUAUGAAGUAAACAAGCCUAAAACAACCUCAAUUAAUAAGCUGAGCCAAACAUUCAGAAGAAACAAAGGCAUGGCAGAGAUACUGCCACUUUGUGCGCAGAUAGUAAUGGUGCAGAUGGCUAGACCACCAAAACAAGAAUACAAAAGGAUUGACCAACAGAAGGGGAAGAGCAAUUGGAAAGACUGUAGUGGAAAAUACGAAGACCUCAUGCUCCAGCCCAUGUAGACCAACGACUAACCCAUGGAUGGUUUAGAAGAAGUGAGUUAAACUCAAAGACUGAGUAGUUAAUAAUGGCUGCACAGGACAGUGGCCUGCACACAAGGUGGUUCAAGGCAACAAUGGAAAAACAGAGAAGUGCAGAUUCUGCUAAACAGAGAUGGAGACAGUCACUCAUCUGGUUACCAUUUGUGAGGUGUUGAUGGCAGAAGGCUUUUACACACAGAGACACAAAGUUACUAGACUACAGUACUGGAAACUAUGCAAGAAAUACAAUUUGCCAGUAGCACAGAUGCACUGUGACCACACUCCAGACUGAAUAGCAGAAAAUGAGAUGUUUGUCACUUGGGACAUUCCAACACCAGCGGACAGAAAGAGAAAUGCUAGGAAAACAGACAUAGUAGUCAAAGAGAAACCAUCAGAUAAAGCAUGGAUCAUUGAUGUCUCAGUCCCAAGUGAUUACUCUGUACUAAAAAUGGAGAAAUGGAUAUCAAGAAAUGCAAACUGAGAAUACAAUUACCUAGAUUGUGCUUGUGGUGCUGGGAUCAUCAGACCUUAUAUAUAUAUAUAUAUAUAUAUAUAAUAUAUUUAUAUAUAUAAUAUAUUUAUAUAUAUAUAUAUAUUUAUAUAUAUAUUUAUUUUAAUAUCAGGCCAUCUCAACAUCCUACCAAUCACCAUCACUCCAUACAAAUGACAAAAGGAAACACUAUUGGGGACCAUACAAAUACUAUGCUGAGCCCAGGCAGGGAAUGUAAGAGAAUAAUCACAGUAGAGUAGCAGUGCAAAAGUCACUCUGUAAGAAAAUAAAGAUUUCAUGAGUCAAGAGUCAAAAAACAUGAUCAAAACCACAAAGAGAAGACGCAGAACCUAAUUAUUCAAGGAUAACGCUGAAAGAUUCUACUGAAUAUUACAUGGAGUCAACCUAAAAAUAACCUCACCACCCGACAAAAAAGAAACGGAAAUAUUUUAGAGGAAUAUAUCUAUGAGGAUGGUCAAGAACACGAUAAAGAAGCAGACUGGUUAAUUAAAUUACAGAGAGACAAAGAAAGCACAGAAAUUACAGGGAUGGAACGGACUCAAGUGAAGAAACCGCAACCAGGCUGCUAACUGGAAGACUCCCGGUCCAAGCGGCGUACCCAACUUCUAUCUCAAAAAAACACACAGAAUUCCACCAGAAUAUGUAAAAGUGUAAAAACAUUUUCAUGAAGCCUCUGAAGAUAAGGCCAUAAUGGUUCGUCACUUUAGUAAUAUUCCUUCUUCUAACAUCAGCGUGAACUGAAGCACCAAAGAUCUACUGUUCCAUAAUUUGCUUCUCACCUUGCAGCUUCACCAUGACAAAGGCUGGAUCAUAAUCACAAGAUAAAAAUAACAGACGAGAAAUAUUCCAAGGAGACCCGUUCUCGCCACUCUCUUUCUGUAUAGCAUUCAACCCACAAAGCAUUAUACUCAAUAGCCUCGGUCCUGGGUUGAACAUUGACACUUGAAAUCAACUGAAUACUCAAAUAUUCACUAACUUUUUCUUUAUGGUUGACAUAAAGCUUUACAGAGCAUAUGAAACUCUACAGAUCUAAAUCAUAAGGCACUACGGCAAACAGCUGGCAAACACAACAUGUGGAAAACAAAGAAAACUCUAGGAGUUCUGUAACGGUGCACAACAACACUGAAGCCGUAAAUCAACUGGCAAUCCUUUUUCCUUUACAUUUGGCUUUGGAAUCAUAGACUGGCCACAAAGUGGACACCAAAACAAGAAAACUGCUGCAUGCACAUGUAGGCAUUUUUAACACAAUAUUAAUGUAUGCAUUUAUUAAUUAGGUAUUUAUGAUUGUUUUUCAACCUACUGUUUAAUCUUCAACUGCAAGACCACUUACUCAAUGAUGGAAUAAGGGGGCAGAGCUCUUAAUCUAUCUUAAAUUUAUAAAUAAUAUUUAAAGAUUGUUUUUGCCGUAAGUCAAAAAUGAAUUAUAAAUUAAUGUAGUUUUUGAAUUGGUUUUGGUCUACCAUUGUCUGUAAAGCUUUAGGAUAUUCACACUUAGAAAGUACGAGGUAAUAGCCUUUUAUAUGUAACCUUGGAGGUUAAGCUCUGCUUAACUAGCGUGUGCUUGAUAAUGAAACUUCACAAGUUACGUAUCUCUCUUAGCGAGUGCUACGAGAACGAUAUUGCAUAUGCAACCUUAGAGGCUUAAGUGUCAUUUGUUACCAUCUGUUUCAGGUGAAAGCCUCAGGGGCUGGGCAGCUUAACUUAGCAUAUGUUACAUUUAAUUCAAAGACUAAAUACUCGCCAAUUAUGAGUUUUCAGUCUGUGAACCUCAGAGGCUGAAUUUCCAGUGUGUGACCGUAGAAAUAAAGGAUUAUACCUUUUCAACGUUAAUAUAGUGUCAAUAGCAGAGUCAAACAUCAGAUGUAGUUUACAGUAAUUAACUAUUUAUUAACUAGCAGACUAAAUUAUAUUAGGUAACAGAAAUAAUAUCCAUCCAUCUAUUUUCGUAUAUGGUGAAUAAUGACUAAAAACAAAGCCAUGUUUAGGUAGAUUGCCCAGGAAUCUUCCAAAUUGCUCUUGGGUUCCAGUCUUUUUAAAUUCCGUUGCCCAGCUGGACCAGUUUUGGUACACCAACUGGAAAUAAAGGCUGUAAUCUUCUUCUUCUUCUUUCGGCUGCUCCCGUUAGAGGUUGCCACAGCGGAUCA